AUGUCCUGUUACAUUGGAGAUAAAAUAGGGAACAGAAAAUUGGGAGCAGCAGCGGUAUUCGUAUUUAACCUGGUUUAUUUACUGGUAGGAUACCAGUACAUGAGUACAGACGAUUACGAUAUCAACUGGACUAUGACUCAAUGUGUGUUAUGUCUGAGGAUGAUCGGGUUCGCUAUGGAUUACAUGGACGGAGCGAAAUUGAUCAACAAGAAAGCGUCAACUGAGACUGCACAACCAGAAAAGACAACAGCGAAUGACCAGCCCGCAUCAACGACUCGACUCGCAAAACAACCUAAACUUCCAAUAUCUUUCCAAAAGAACAUUGCCCUUCCUACUCUACCCUCUUACAUUUCCACUCUCGCCUACGCGCACUUCUUCACUGGCUUCCUCACGGGACCUCAGUUUUCAUACCGCCUUUAUGAAUCCUUCAUCAAUAUGCACUUGUACCCUGAUCAAUCACAUAUACCCAGGGGAUCAUAUAAGCACGCUAUUCAAUGCAUAACUGGGGGAGCUAUUUAUCUAUUGGUCAGUCAAAUUGGGCAGAUGUUUUUCCCUCAGUACGUGCUUUUGGGCGAGGAGUAUGCAAAAUGGGACGCUUUGCAUAGAUUCACAUACUUUUGGAUGGUUGGCAAGUUUUCCUUCAGUAAGUACCUUGGCGUGUGGAAAUUAGUCGAAGGUUCGUGCGCGUUGUUGGGUAUAUCAUUCAACGGUUUUGAUGACAACGGACAACCAGAGUGGAACGGAUUGGCCAACGUCGAAUCACUGCGCUUUGAGCUUGCGACUUCUCUGAACGACAUCAUUGGGUCGUUCAACAUAAACACUAACCUAUGGGCAAAGAUAUACGUCUUCAAACGUUUGAUCUUUCUCAAAUCCAAGACCAUCUCUUCCCUUGGUGUUCUUUUCUUUUUAGCUCUUUGGCAUGGGUUAAAUGCCGGGUACUUUAUGUGCUUUUUCCUAGAGUUUGUAGAUAUGGAGGCUGAGAAGCGUUGGUCGAAGAGGGUCGAGUUUAUUAAGAAAAGUUUGUACGAAAAGAAAGUGAAGAACGGUAUUUCGGGAAAGCUUGUAUGGGGAGCAUAUAGAGUAGUGUGCUGGUUCCUUCAGACAUGCGCCUUACAUUAUGCAAUGGUAGCUUUCGAGUUGUUGAGAUACGAAUGGUGUAUACAGGCGUGGGGAAGUGUGUAUUUUGUUGGCCAUUUCGUGGUAUUCGGGCUUAUAUUCUUGGAUUUGGUAUUACCAAAGGGACGAAUUGCGGGCGAAGGAAAGCAGCAAGGAGAGACUGCAAUGCUGAAAGAUACAAUGGAAAAGACGAGGACAAAUGGUAGCACUAAUGGAGUGGAUAAUGACUAUUCCGGUCAUCAUAAGAAAGAAUAG